CGCCCCAGAUUCUCUUGAUACCAUGAACCGCAUAUUUGGCAGUUCCGCGAGCAAGAAGCCCCGCCCGAACCUCCAGGAUGCGAUCUCCUCGACAGACACCAGGAUGGCCUCGAUAGAGGUCAAGAUCAAGAAGCUGGACGGCGAGCUCGCGCGGUACAAAGAGCAGAUGAACAGGCUGCGGAGCGGGCCCGGCAAGAACGCGAUCCAAGAGCGCGCGCUGCGCACGCUGAAGCAGAAGCGGAUGUACGAGUCGCAGCUCGCGCAGCUGACGCAGCAGACGUUCAACAUGGAGUCCGCCGCGCUCGCGACCGAGAACCUGCGGAACACGAUGGCGACGGUCGACGCGAUGAAGCAGGCGAACAAGGAGCUCAAGAAGCAGUACGGCAAGAUCGACAUCGACAAGAUCGAGAGUGUGCACUAUGACAUGGAGGACCUGCUGGAGCAGGCGAACGAGAUUCAGGAGACGCUGGGCCGGUCGUACGCGGUGCCGGACGAGAUUGACGAGGCGGACUUGCAGGCUGAGCUGGACGCACUGGAGCUGGAGGCUGAGGACGAGGGCCCUUCGUACUUGAGCGAUCUCAACAAGGUCCCAGAUUUCGUGGACGAGGCUCCUGUUGAGGUGUCGGAGACUCCAGAACAGCACGAAGCAGUCAAGACGACGGCAGCGGCAUAGGCCUGUAGCGCACGUUUUAUGGAUAUCCUCAUCGCAUUGUAACAUCACCAGGAUGUAUCGAACUGUUGUCGUUGAAUGUACACUACCAUUAGUUCUGCUCGAGA